GAGCCUGAGUUUGAGAGAAUGCCAGAAAAAUAUGAUAAGCAUUUCAAUUUUCACACUCUUUAAGCUUUUUUGAAUAUUAGCUUUCAUGUAGUGUGUAAUAUCUGUUUGUAAAUGUUAAAGAUCUACAAAGUCUUAAAGAUCAAAGUGCACAACAAAUAAAGUUAAUGUCUCUUAAAAGUAAGAAUCGAUUCUGAACUGAAGUUGGCAGCAAUUCAGUCUCACUUCCUGUUAUGUAACAAUGUAACAAAUUUGCAUAAUGCCAGCCUAUGGUCUUCAUUGGCUGCCUGAAGAUUUUGAUUCAUGUUGUUGACAUGUCGAGAAGACGCUGUUUUCAGCGCUAAAAAAUUCACUUUGCAUGCACUUCAAUAGGAUGAGGACUCAUGCUGGAAUUGAUACGUACUAACGUCAACCGUUGGACGUUGUACUUGGGAAGAGAAACCCAGAGCACAUCUGUUGCCAACGCAAAUGAAGUGAUAGUUGGUAUUCAGUCCAUCAUCGUCCAUCCAAAGUACAACGACACCCUUCUCAAUAAUGACAUCUCCCUGAUGAAACUGAGUCAACCUGUGAACUUCACUCAAUACAUUCGUCCGGUCUGCCUGGCAUCCAAAGGGAGUGUCUUUCACAACGCCACAACCUGCUGGGCUAAAAUCGGCAAAAAACCCAUGGAGUUGUCAGUGAUCUUGCUCAGCUUUAUAGCCAUGUUGAGUGUGGAGGGCUCAAAUGCACAGACAUACGAUUGUGGGGUAGCUCCUCUAAAUACACGUAUAGUGGGCGGCACGGAUGCCCCUGCAGGUAACUGGCCCUGGCAGGUCAGUGUACAUUACAACGGCGGACAUAUCUGUGGGGGAACCCUGAUCCACAGCCAAUGGGUGAUGACGGCUGCUCACUGCAUAAUUUCUACUAACGUCAACCGUUGGACAUUGUACUUGGGAAGAGAAACCCAGAGCACAUCUGUUGCCAACGCAAAUGAAGUAAGAGUUGGUAUUCAGUCCAUCAUCGUCCAUCCAAAGUACAACAACACCCUUUACAAUAAUGACAUCUCCCUGAUGAAACUGAGUCAACCUGUGAACUUCACUCAAUACAUUCGUCCGGUCUGCCUGGCAUCCAAAGGGAGUGUCUUUCACAACGCCACAACCUGCUGGGCUACAGGUUGGGGAAACAUUGGCAAAGACUUGUCUUUGCCGGCCCCCCAGAAACUUCAGGAGGUGGAAAUUCCAGUUGUAGGCAACUCACAAUGUAGCUGCCAGUAUAAGCCAAUAGGUGAUGCUACAAUCACACCACAGAUGAUUUGUGCUGGGAGAGCAGGCAAAGGGAUCUGCCAGGGAGAUUCUGGAGGUCCAUUACAGUGCAAACAGGGUUCUGUGUGGGUCCAGGCUGGGAUCACGAGUUUUGGGACGUCUUUAGCCUGUGCCAGAGAAGGGUUCCCAGAGGUGUAUUCACGUGUUUCUGAGUUCAACACUUGGGUCACGGAGAACGUGGAGGGAGCCACCAUUGGCUUUGUGACCUUUUCAUCCAACGGCACAGACGGCAGCUUUACAUGCUCUAGCUCAGCCACACUUCACUUCUCAUUCUACUCUAGUUUUAUCAUUCUCUUCACUACACUCAUCUCAAACUUCCUCACACUCAUAGUCACUUAAAAUUGACUCACACACACAUGCAAUUCUGAGCUAACAAGUUAAGGGGAAAAUGAAUGUAUGACAGAGAAAAUAUACAGUGGAAUUAAAACAUUUAAAGCUC